AUGCAACCAGCUCGAGACGACGCAUCAGGUGCGAGUAGCCAGCGUGUCCCUGCUGACUUGGCGCGGAGCACUUCGGCAAGCCUGCCCUUCCCGCUCGUGCUGGCCUCCAGGCCCCCAAGCGCCUCUCCGACGGAGUCCCCGGGCCUUUUCACCGUGGCCGCUCCAGCCCCGGGAGCGCCUUCUCCUCCCGCCACGCUGGCGCACCUUCUUCCCGCCCCGACAAUGUAUAGCCUGCUGGAGACUGAGCUCAAGAACCCCGUGGGGCCGCCCACCCCUGCGGCGGCCACAGGCGGCCCCGCAACCCCGGGCAGCGCAGGCAAGAGUAGCGCGAACGCAGCCGGCGGCGCGAACGCAGGCGGCGGGAGCAGCGGUGGAGCGAGCGGCGGUGGCGGGGGCAACGACCAGGACCGUGUGAAGCGGCCCAUGAACGCCUUCAUGGUGUGGUCCCGCGGGCAGCGGCGCAAAAUGGCCCUGGAGAACCCCAAGAUGCACAACUCUGAGAUCAGCAAGCGCUUGGGUGCCGAUUGGAAACUGCUGACCGACGCCGAAAAGCGACCGUUCAUCGACGAGGCCAAGCGACUGCGCGCGGUGCACAUGAAGGAGUACCCGGACUACAAGUACCGGCCGCGCCGCAAGACCAAGACGCUGCUCAAGAAGGACAAGUACUCCCUGCCCGGAGGCCUGCUGCCCCCCGGCGCCGCCGCUGCCGCCGCCGCCGCCGCCGCCGCCGCCGCCGCCAGCAGCCCGGUGGGCGUGGGCCAGCGCCUGGACACGUACACACACGUGAACGGCUGGGCCAACGGCGCUUACUCGCUGGUGCAGGAGCAGCUGGGCUACGCGCAGCCCCCGAGCAUGAGCAGCCCGCCACCGCCACCUACGCUGCCGCAGAUGCACCGCUACGACAUGGCCGGCCUGCAGUACAGCUCUAUGAUGCCACCCGGCGCCCAGAGCUACAUGAACGCCGCGGCCGCGGCCGCCGCCGCCUCGGGGUACGGGGGCAUGGCGCCCUCAGCCGCCGCCGCCGCGGCCGCCGCCUACGGGCAGCAGCCCGCCACCGCCGCUGCCGCCGCCGCCGCCGCCGCCGCCAUGAGCCUGGGCCCCAUGGGCUCGGUGGUGAAGUCCGAGCCCAGCUCGCCGCCGCCCGCCAUCGCAUCGCACUCGCAGCGCGCUUGCCUCGGCGACCUGCGCGACAUGAUCAGCAUGUACCUGCCACCCGGCGGGGACGCGGCUGACGCCGCCUCUCCGCUGCCCGGCGGCCGCCUGCACGGCGUGCACCAGCACUACCAGGGCGCCGGGACUGCCGUCAACGGAACCGUGCCGCUGACCCACAUCUGA